AUGAAGUUACUUAUUUUGGCCAGUUUUGCCAUUUCACUAGCAUUCUCUGAAAUUUCAGUCUCAAAAACCUGCACACAAUACCUAUGCAAGCCAGAUUCAAUCGAUUUUCCAAGCGAGUCCACUUGUCUUUAUUUUGAAAAUUUCACUUACUCUACUCAUCCUAAAGACCCCAUUAAAACUAACAAAGUUGAGAAAAUUAUACCCCAUCAUUGGUCGAACGAUUUUCAUAUGCCAAGCAUGAAUUCAACUCUGAACCUACCUUAAAUCAGACUAUUUAUUUUUGGUAAUAAUGAAUAUUAAAAAUAUGAAUGCGUAAUCAUUCAUAUUUACUAAUAUAUUUAAAAUUCUAAUUCUCUUCACUAGCAUAUAAAAUAUUAAUAUGCAAGUAUAAUAUAUAAGAAUUUGUAUAAAUUGUUUUAAUCUCCAUUUUUGAUUGAACACGGAUGGAUAAUUCGAUCAAGGAUAAGGAUGAGGGGAAAGCUACUACUCUCGAAGCUGUGACAAUUCUGAAUAUUAUUGUGAUGCAUCCACAGUUUCUGACACUCAUUAUGGUUACUGCGUUCAUGUAAACGACACCCAUAUUCCUCAUACUUUUCUUCCUGGUGAAGACUGCCAUUUUGAUGAUGACUGCUUUGAAGAAAAUAGCUGCAUUGACGGUAAAUGCAAAGGUUUAGAAAAAAAUGAAAAUUGCACAUAUCAUGAUUAAGACUAAAAUUUAUAUUGAACAAGCGGAUAGCCGCUAUCCAUAUGCCGCAUCUUCAGGAGGAGUAAUCUAAGCUGGCAUAUGCAAGAGUGAAAAUACCGUACAGCUCAAUCAAUAUUCCCUGUCUUGAAUUUUCUGGUGAAACUUACCUAACCCGAGUUUAUAUCAUAUAGCCUUGAUAGAUAAAGAAAGCAAGUAUAAGAUGCAAAAAUAACUCCAAGUGGCAUAGCACUCAACUUUCUGCACAUAGAGAUUGUCUAGCAACUUCACAGGAGCAUCCCUCAGGCCUGGCCUUCCUCAGCACCACUAUUUUAUUCUUACUUAUCAUGAGGAAUGCGAUGUUGGGUUGUAUUGCAAUGAAACGUGCAAGUCUCAGAUUGCUUUAGGAAGGGUAGGAUGUUUUAAUGAUUACCAAUGCUCGAAUACAGGCGGAUGUGUAGUUAAUUCUCUGACUGAUUCAAGUUUAAAUGUGUGUGUUCCUUAUUUUACUAUGAGAAAUUAUACAGUAGAUUUAGGGUGCAGCGACAGCGGGGGAAUUAAUUUGAUAUGCGACUCUGGAUUUUGUUUAAAUAAUGCUGGAAAAAGUAUGUGCUACCCUAUUCCAACUUCGAGUGCUAGUAUUCCGGUGGAAUGCUCAAGCAACUCACAGUGUGUAAGCCAAGCUUUUGGUAACGAUAAAUUGGUGUUUACUCAACAAUGCACAUGCGGAUAUAUGAUGAUUUAUGCAAAUAUAAAAAAUUGUUAUUAUAUAUCAUAUGCUGAAUUAUUUAUCAAAUUAGUUAUAAUAGCAAUGGUCAAAGCUAUUGUCCUUUGUUCUUGGGAGACUCUUUGUGAAAAAGAUAUUUUAAAAUCCUUAAAAAGUGGAUUGAUAGUGAUCAGUCAUUAAAUUGCAACACAGCUUCAAGAAAUAGCUAUAAUUGUAUGAAAAAUUAUUGGAAUCAAGACGAUUUGGAUGAACUAGCUUAUUUUGAGGCAUAUGCAUCAAAUUAUCCAAUAAUUUAUAGCAUAGAGAGUUGCACUAUGAAUGUGUUUUUCCCUUCUAUUGAAGAUAUUAUCAAUAAUUAUAACAAUAUGGAUUCUGGGGUUGAGAAGAUUGUUACUUUUAUUAUUUUAGGAUUCAUUUAG